GGCGCGGCGGCGGCCGCGGGAGGAGGAUGGGGGCCAACCAGCUGGUGGUGCUCAACGUGUACGACAUGUACUGGAUGAACGAAUACACCUCAUCCAUUGGAAUUGGAGUUUUUCAUUCAGGAAUUGAAGUAUAUGGCAGAGCUGUUGUUUUAGGGAGCACUGACUUCCUAGAAGAUGACAUAGAGAAAAUUGUAGAAGAACUGGGAAAAGAAUACAAAGGCAACGCCUAUCAUUUGAUGCAUAAAAACUGCAAUCACUUUUCUUCGGCUUUAUCAGAGAUCCUCUGUGGGAAAGAGAUUCCUCGCUGGAUCAAUCGGCUGGCCUACUUCAGCUCCUGCAUCCCCUUCCUGCAGAGUUGCCUCCCGAAGGAGUGGCUCACUCCCGCAGCCCUGCAGUCGAGCGUCAGCCAGGAACUCCAGGACGAACUGGAGGAGGCGGAGGACGCCGCCGCGUCCACUCCCAUGGCGGGCACUGCGGCAGGCCCCCGGCCCGGGCGCCACACUAAACUAUAACCGGCUCCAAAGGCACACGUUCAGAACUGUCUCCGGCAGCUGAAUAUCCUGAGAGAGAAGUAGAAGAGAAGCGUCCUCUGGCUAUUUUGUAUGCAACGAUGGCUCUCCCCCAUAUCCCAGUUCUUCAGCUCAGGAUUAUAUUUGUAAUCAAAAACAUCACUUAGGAGGGAGAACUUUGUGUGAAGCUGCCCUCUUUUUUACCCACUUGUAAAUUUGGAUUUACUUCUGUUUUAUACCAGCUCUGUUAAGUUAUGUUUACAGUAUUUUGUAUCGCUGUUUACAAAUCUCCCAUGGACUCCUGCCACCGUGAAAGAAGAAAAUCUUCAUGUCUUCAAAGGAGGCGGGUAAUCUUUGUACACUUGCGACAGUUGCCAGAGCUGUGGCACGAAUAGGCGCACACAGGUACUCACGGUUCCAGUCACCGUCGCUGCUGGCGAGUUGUCCUCUGGGUGGGCUGUGGGUCACGUUUUGGCCUCGAGGUGCAGCGUGGUGAAGGAGCACACAGCCCUUGGGCUUGGGGCCGUGGUCUGCAUGGGAGGCAGCCGAGCCUGGGCCUCCUUCCUCCGCGCACUCCCUCCCCUCCGAGGAGCACGUCUCUGAGGUCCCAAGAGCAGUUCCCUUCGUCCCUGACAUCCGUCCUCCUGGGCAGGGUGGUACAUUCUUGUGUCUGUCUGGUUUUGAUGCCUCUGAUUCUGUAACUAAGAUGUUUCUCGUUAGAGAUAUUCUUGCUAGUAACUGACGAGUGUUUUUGCACACGUGUUGGGGAGCUUCAGUUUUAUUUUAAUACAUGUUGAUAUCCUCCCUGCACAGGGUUCUGUUGACGGGGUGGGAUAUUCUACGUGGUAGCCUUCUGAGUAGCAGUGUGAGUUGACAUUCAACUGCUUUUAACUAUUCAGGCUGCCUUUUAUACUACACCUUGAAAACUAGAGUCUAAAGGAACACUCUCCAAAAAGGCAAUUCUUUGAUAUUUCAGACAUUUUAUGUACCACAUCAGGAAGAGUGUGUUCGAGUUUGUUAGUUUGUUCUGGGAGUAGUUUCACCUCACAAUAGAAAGCGUAGUCUCAUUGACUUCCUGUUGAAAGACCAUAUUUGUGUGUCUUAAAAUUCAUCUUUUUCUGUUCUCUCGAAUGUAUGUCUCUUACAUACAUGCUCUAAGAAUGAAAUUGUCACCACAGAUAAGUCCUCACUGGCGAGGAAUCUGUCGGCUCAAGCCUACUCCCAGUUGACCCUUGGAUGUAAGACCCAAGUCAUUACAUGUCAAAUUCACUUUUUCUGCCUUAAGAAUGAAUGUCCUACGUAAAAUAUUGGAUGCAGUGUAUAAAUUGUCCAAGGCAGUGACUUCAGCUUUAUAUAUAUUGUUAAUUUUAAAGUCGUUUACUUUUAUUUAAACUUCUAGAUUGGACUGUUUGCUAUUGCUCUUUGUAAAGAUACAUAUCUUUCAGUAAACUACAUUUUUAACUUUUGCAUAAGCUGAUUUGAUUCAUUUUAUCAACAUAAGCACACCCUGUUCAUAGGGAAAAUAAACCUUGGGUUGUAAGCAUUGACCUGAGGAAAAUGAAGCCACUUACCUAAUUGAUGCUUUUGACUGUUCUGUUUCUGGAGAGGAAAGCCUUU